ACGCUAAUGUUUUCACUGAGUAGUAUUUGGCUGUAGGACGUCAGUGGGUUUUCUAUGAAUGGGUAGCACCGCUUAUCUUGAGCGUGUGUGUGUGUGGGGAGGGGUUGACUACAUGAUCCUCCUCUCCCUCUUGUCCCUCCUCUCCAACAACAACACGGUGAGCGGCAGAGGGAGAGCAGACAGGCGAGCAGCAGGCAGCGCGAGAGAGGAGAGCACGGACCAAAGAGAAGACAAAGGAGAAUCUGAAUCUGCAGCACCCUGCUCUGGAUUAACCCUUUCUCCCCACUAAAUGCUGCUCCUUGUGAAUUCCUCCCUUUUACACGUCUUCCAUCACCCCUCUGCUCUGCUGUGGUACAAUGUCUCUCUCGCUCUCACACACGCAUACAAACAGUUUCUUUCCUCGAGGAUCCACUACUGGUGUGUGUGUGAGCGGAGUCCUGGGGGAACGGUCAUGGAUGGAGAGAGAAGAAAGGAGUAUGUCUUCUUUUCCCAUGGAGAUUUCGUCGUUUUCUCUCCUCCUGCUGCGUGAGCCUCUGUCCUCUCCCUUUCUUUUGUAUUAGCGCUCACUCCCUAUUUUCUUUCUAACCUCCCUUUGCUGCUUUGGCUUUUGUCUAUCUGACAUGGGUCCAGGCUUUUUGUUUUACCGCCCUCCCUACCCCUUCUAACCGACUCAUUCCUCCUGCUUCUACCGGAGGGCAGACCCAUACGACUCUCUCGGCUCAGCCACUGAGCAAAGGCACCAUGCUAGGCUAACUGCUAGCCACUGGUGUGGUGUGGACACCUCAGCUUUUGUCAGCUAAGUGUGUGCAUGUUUGGGUCAAUUCAAACAUCACAGCAGAAGCAUUGGCAUACAGUUGACCAGUCAUUUCAUGGUGGAUCUGGUGUGAUCUGAGAAGGACUGCAGCAGCAGCAGGAAGGAAGGAGAAGUGGUUUGGCACCUGGAGGGGACAGUAACAUGACCAUGAGAGAGUCUUGCAAAUGCAUCAUAGGACUUCUUUUAUUGGACCACAUGGUGAUGACUUGAUUUUCAUUAAUGGAUUUAUUCCCACUAGCGUUCGUCGAUGGAAUAUACGUGAGGAACUGUGCACUUGCAGUCUGGGGACAACCAUUUGGCUCAAAGAUCCGAAAGUUUUGUUGUGGGAGAAACUUUUUUGACUUGUAGAUAGACUGGCCAUCUGUCUGCCACCCAGCGUGGCGAAGAUGAAGAAGACAAGCAGCCGUACACUCAGGCGGCCAUGGCCCAGCUCUGAACUGUUAGAGCGCCUGCUGCCACCAGCAGCCUCGGUAGAGCUUCAUAAGAGCUGCCGCUCGCGCAGCGAGAAGGACUACAGAACCCACAAGCACAGCAAGAGGAGCCAGCAGCCUCCACAGUAUCUGUGUCAGAGUCCGCCUGCGUACGUACACACAGGUGAUGUGUCACCCAUCAGUAUGUCCCCCAUCAGCCAAUCGCAAUUCAUCCCUUUGGGAGAGGUAUUGCUAUUGGCUAUCUCUGCUAUGAACUCCGCCCACAAGCCUGUCACUCAGGAGGCCCUGACUGAACAUCUGCAGACAUGCUUUCCCGGUGUUCCCACACCAACGGAGGAGGUUCUGCACCACACGCUGAGCAUGCUGGUCCGUGAGCGGAAGAUCUACCCAAAGCCAGACGGAUAUUUUAUUGUAACCCCUCAGACCUACUUUAUCACCCCGAGCCUAAUCCGAACCAGCUCCAAGUGGUACCACUUAGACGAACGUUCUGCUGACCGACACCAACACCAACAACAACAACAACAGCAGCAGAAUCAGAACCAACAGCAGCAUCAACAGACUCAGUGCACCUCCCCUCUCUCCGGGACCAUCACCCCGUCCACCUCUGGAGCCGCGCGCGACCGAACACACCCAAAGGCCAGCCAAAACCACAGUGGAGCUGGUGGGGAUUCUUUUUUCAACAACAGUUACCGUGGAGACGACCCCCCUAGCCACCACACCACCCUGCAGCGUCGAUCCCCCAAAGACCACCGGGAGACGUACUCGUCCCCACAAACACAGCAAGCAACAGGCAACACGGAAAAGAGUCGCAGCACCCUUGGGUUCCCCUUCAAGACGGACACACUGACCAAACACCGAACUGGAGGGGGAGGGGGAGGAGGAACUGGAGAGGUAGAGAAGCAGGCAGGUGGAGGAAGUGGUACGGGAAGUCGGAAAUUUGGUUUGAAGCUGUUCCGUCUGAGCUUUAAAAAGGACAAGGCCAAGCAGCUGGCCACUUUCUCGGCCCAGUUCCCCCCGGAGGAGUGGCCUCUCCGUGACGAGGAGGUGCCCAGCCAGCUGCCACGCAAUGUAGAGAUGGAGAUCAUCCGACGAAUCAACCCUGACCUCACUGUGGAGAACCUUGCCCGGCACACAGCGGUCAUGAAGCGCCUCGAGGAAGAGCGUGCACAGAGGAGCAAAGCAUCGUCAGCCAAUCAGAGCUCCAGGAGCAGGAGAAGCGGGGGUAGACACAGGAAGCAGUCUCAGACCAAACUCAGCCGCUCACAUAGCAAGACGAGAGUGGCCCGCGGCGAGCCCGCCGGCGGUUCCCACCUGGAGUUGGCCGACAGAGACUACAGAGCCUACUCGUCCUCACUGGCUCGCUCCCCGAGGGAACAGGCCCUGGCCAUUGAGCGGCAACGGGCCCGCCUUCACCUGGCACAUAGCAACCCCAACAUCCUCGACUCCUCCCACCUACCUGUCACGCCAGAGUGGGAUGUGUCCGGAGAGCUUGCCAAGCGGCGCACAGAAAUGCCUUUCCCCGAGCCAAGCCAUGGGCCAUCAGCCCACCACUCCAAAGUCCACCGCUCACACUCCCACACCCAGGAGAGGAAGUCCAGGAACGAGCGCAGUGACAAGGCAAAGGAGCGCUCCAGGUCCAUGGACAAUUCCAAAGGACCACUUGGCGCCGGGAUGAUCGGACCACCCGAUUAUUACGACGAGCGAAGCCGCUACUAUACUGACGAUGGCACCCUGCGAGCCAAUCAGUGCUCUUCUCACUAUUCCCGUUCCACCCCCACUUCAGCUAAACUGCCUGUAGAUUCUCUGGGGUUGGAUGACGGCAGGAGUUUAGAGAAGAGUAGGAGUAGGGACAGUCUGCCUGCAUACUCACCCAAACCCCUAACCAGCGCCGUCCCUCCUGAUGAUUACUUUCAAUGCGCUGGCUCUUCUGAGGCUGCUCUCACAACAGCUAACCCACUGGGAAGUCUUGGCAAAAGUAGCCAUGAUGGAUUAAAACUAGGCAGCACUGACAGGCAAAUGGACAGACAUACACCCCAUCCUCUAGAAAGUAAGGAGGACUUGUCAAAGAUGGGACCCAAAGGAGGCAGCCUGCCUCCAAUACCCCUCUCUAUCCCUGACCCCACCCUUCCUAAUGGAAGACCUCCACACAGUGCCUCCUCUGGUCAGGAGAAACGUAAGGAGAUCUUUAGUAAAGACACACUCUUCAAACCUCCUCCCAGCCUCCCGUUGCCAGGAUACAGCUCGCUGAGGAAACCCCCAGCCCUCGCCUCCCCUACUCUGUCUUCGUCCUGCGAUGCACUUGAUUCCCAGGAGUCCUUUGAUGCUCCCAAACCGCUAGUGGCCACUCCGUCUGUUCCCCUACAGGGCAUUGAACAGGCUGGAGGUGCUGCAGAGGCCUCCUUUGACUACUACAACGUCUCAGACGACGAUGAGCUCGAAGAGGGGGGUAGCAAGAGUCGAGGAGAGGAUGAGAAGGCUGGAGGAGGUGUUGUUGGGAUGGGAGGAGGUGGAGCAGGUACAAUGCAGUGGCUGUUGGAGCGAGAGAAAGAAAGGGAUCUUCAGCGGAGGUUUGAGAGAACCCUCACCUUCCCUGGUGCUAAAGAGAACCUUCACGAGCCCAGUCAGAACCAGCAGUCAGCCCACUCUGCUAGACUUGAUAGUAUGGACUCCAGCUCAGUCACUGUUGACAGUGGAUUCAACUCCCCACGAACAAGGGAGAGCUUAGCGUCAAACACCUCUUCAAUAGUGGAGAGCAACCGUCGGCAGAACCUGGCGCUGAGCCCAGGCCACCUCGGCAUCACCACUGGCACCGCCACCCCCUUCUCCUUCCGCGCCAUCCCAGAACCUGCCAGCACCCAACCGGAGAAACUCCAGAAGCCCAACGCUUGCCUUGCGUCAAUCACCAGCGUCUAGGGGCGGUACGGCUGUAAGGGCUGGGUGGAGCGCCAGGAGCCAAUGGAGGGGGGCCAUAAAAUAAAAGCCCCGCCCCCCAAUGACUGUUACAUCUCUAGACUGACGUUAGGGGAGCUGCCACAAGCCCACUAUGGAACUAUAGCUAUUAACACACACACACAAGGCCACUGGGCAGACUCUGACCAUGUCAUUCUACAGCCUCUAGUUUACACACUGCUGUUGUGUUGUUUCACUAUCACGUGGGAUCUAGUGUGCGUGGGUGGGCGUGUGUCUGUGUGUGUGCGUGCGUGUGUGUGUGCACGUGUGUGUGUGUGUGUGUGUGUGUGUGUGUGUGUGUGUGUGUGUGUGUGUGUGUGGGUGGGGGGGGGUAUAUUUGUAUAAUCUGUAAUCUCAGGUCAUGUUAUUUCCACUUUCAUUCCAGCUGCUCCAGAUCAGCCGACUCCCUCUUGUGGUGUCUGGUGGUGUUACACCCUGAACAGAUGCUGCUCUGCUGACUGCUGUUACCGAUGGUCACUGGUCCAGCUCCUACUCCUACUCACUUAUCUCUGGUAGCUUUUGUCUAAAUUCACCACCGGCAGACACCAGGAAAGGUGCGGCGCCAGGAUAAAUGACAAUUACCAUCUGUCCAAAGUUGAGGGAGUGAGACAGUCACAUGAAUAACCUGUAACCAGGGCUGUUUUCUCUGUAGAAUGAAGCUGAGCAGUUCUGUCUGUUGGAUGCCAUGAUGCCCCUAUGAGCUGGCUGAACACUGUAGUGGCAGUUUGGACCAGCUUCUCUCCUCCAUCCGCUGUGAGGGAUGUGGAUUGCAGGAGGUCGAUGCUCCAGGGAUGAGGCAGAUGUUCCUCCACUUUUCUUUGAACGUAACCCCUCAUGUCCACUGGAUACAUAUCGUUUUUCAGCUCUGCCAUGGCUGCUAUUUCCUCCACAAUAGGCCGUAACAGAGAAUGAGUAUGUUGGCCCUGAGAGCUUUAGUAUACUACAAAUUAUAAAAAUCCAGAAGUGCUCUUAAGGCUACAAGACCAGACUGCAUUGAUCCCUGAGGGGAAAUCCACACUACAGCAGCACAGAGAAUUCUAUUUGAAAGAAACAUUAAAGAAACCAGAGAGCUGACCGUAUACACAUACCUGAGACAUUAUAAGUGAGUAUAUAUACAGUGUAUAAAUGCCUAUAUUUAUUAACAGUUGACAUGAAAUUAAUAUUUAAUGACAUGCUGCAUUUUGUUUUCGAGCAGAACUACCUUUCUUGUUUUUUUUGGGUGACUUCACAGGCAUCGUUCAUAUGAGGUCCUGCUGAUGAUGUCACAGCCUGUGAUAUUUCAAUGUUAUGGUAGUCAUGCUGGCAGCUGGAGUAGCUCAUAUAAAAGUAUUAAACACUCCUUUUGAUGAACAUAGGUGAGAUUAAUGGAUGCCACUGAUGAAUAGCAGGGUGGUGGAGGGAACUGGAUAAGGGGCCAUUGUUAGAUUUUCUUGGAGUACACAGGGCUCUGCAGAGAUCACUUCAUACACUAUGACUGUCACACUAUCAGAUCACUGCUGACAUGAAACGGCACUGGAUAUGUUCCAGAACCCAUUUACUUUGGUCCUUAUGCGUCACAACUUAAUAAGUUAGAUCUAUUGUUCUUCGUCGCCAUGCUCUGUUCACAUGAUGCCUGCUGCACAGUGCACAUCUGUUGACGCGUUAGCCACGUUAGCUCUGCAGGAAAUAGACAAACCUUCACACAGACUGACAUGGACGAAAGGUGGAGACGUCAACAGCUUGUUAUAUUUAUAAUAGUGAGCUAACAUACGUACAGCUGAGGAGGAAUAGAGCACAUGGUUUUCUUCUGUAGCUCCUCGGAGCUCAUGUGAAGCCUCAGCUGUUCAGACAGUGGAUACCAGAUAAUGACUCACUCAUUAAGGGGGGAGCUAUGAGGUAGCCAUGGUUGACAGUAUGGCCCUUUGCAGCAGGACCUCCGUAAACCUUCAUGGUGCCGACAGAUACAUGUCGGCAGAGCCACAUUGGAGACAAAGCACUUUUGUUUCAGGGUAGUGCUUGAGGACAUGAGGGGUUCCAGUCCCAUCCCUGUUGAGUUUCACAGCCGAGCUGUUCGCUGACUUCCUGUCAACACCACUGUGUGUUGGCAGUAGGUGAUGUGAGUUUGACUUGAAAUGCUGCCAUCAGACAAAUAGAUGCUGCUGCUGUGACAGGCCGGUCCAGGUGUUAUUAGUGUAUUAGGAGCAGCUGUACUGGCACUUGAGGUGGCUGAGCGUCCAACAGAGAAUAUGAGACAUGAGGUGAUUGAGAUGACUUUAUUAGACCAGUGUUAAACACAACGAGCAGGGACGACACUUUUUGGUUUUGGAUUUCAGCAUUUCUUCAGUUACACAUUACCAUGAAUUUCCAUUGCUGUUGAGUUCAUGGCUACUUGAGUUUUUCUUAACUGUUUAUCCCUGAGCCACUCUCACUCCUGGUGCUGCGAUGUAUUAUGGCCAGUGACAGCCAUGAUAAUAGUCAUAAUAAAAAGGGUGACAAGAGUGGGAAUAUAGUAAAUAGAUGCUUACAAUUGUAUAAAAGGUUUCACCGGCAUACGUGCGGUGAUGACAUGUAAUCCCUUCUAUGAAGCAUGUGGGUGGACAGGACUGGGAUUACAGUGGUGGACUGCUGACUAUGGCACAGGGACACGGGAAAUAACCCUACUCUUAAAAUGUGUCGGCCUCAUUGUAAAAGACUCGAGCUGAACUGGAUUUACCCGCCUGGAAAAAACCUGCGGUCCUACAGGCCAAUCAUUUCCCAUCCCUCCAUAGGCUCAGGGAGCUGUCAGUCAUCCCAGUGUUGUCGUCCAAUAGGCUCCUUUACAACUACCUCCACAGCAGCAAAAACACAGCCCGUCCUUUCUACUAUCUCACUGUCAUCAGCCUCUAGCCUGUGAAUGUCAGCACACACUCGCGCACACAAACACUAACACACUACACAUCAAAGUGCUGGACUCCCCAUUGUUUCCCUUUCUCACUAACAAGGUUCCUCUAAUUGUACAUGUUGUCAUUGUGGUUCAGCUGCCAACCCCCGCAGCCCAAACACACUCCUCCUCCUCCUCCCAGCCUUUAGUGGUACGUGACUUCCUCAGCAGAGUGAACCUCUUAGGGAGUUAAACCUAAAUAGCGUUAGCCUUCUCCCAAGUAAGGCGUUUAACACAAUAUUCUGACAUACAGCUAUGCAAGCUAGCCCGCUGUGACCUGGCACUCCGAAAGAAACGUCCCAUUCAGUGAGGACAUGCACAGUGUAAGACUACUAGGCUCCAUUUGCUCACGGUCAUUGUGUUGCAAGUUCUGUCAUAUGGGCCCCUCAUAGGAAUGUGUAAAGUCUAAAUUAGCCUUGAGGACCGACUAAUUCAUCCUUAGUGUGCUCUCAUUCACACUGGAAACAUCUGUACAGUUUGCUGACGAGCCCUUCAUUUGAAGCGUACUAGUGGGCCAUGAGUGUAGCUACAGCUGUGUAUAUCAGGAUAGGUGUGGCUCUCCCCUCCAUUUGAUUUGUGAUAGGACCUAGUGGUUUUUUAGUUAUUGUCAUAGAUCUCAUUGAGCUGGCUCACUUCCUUAUACUACAGCUAAUUACGCUGUAUGUCUAGGCGAUGAAAACCAUUCCUGGAACUUGAACUCUUGGCCGCCACAAGUGUGUUCUAUGAAAGUCAAUCUUCCAGUAAUCUCAGCAUCCUGCGCCAGGUCUUACCAGUACGAGGACAAGUUCAGUCUAUGCUUAAUCAGUGUUUUACGAUUCAGUAUUUCAGGAUUCUAAUCUCUGUUCCCCAGUGGGAAGAGAUUUGUAGAAUUCAGUACUGUCCGUUGGUAGCCUGUAGUCUAGCAUGUGAGCUCUGCUCUUACCCAACAACACGCUUCCAAGAAACAAAGCCCACAACAGUAGUGCUUUAAACUUGACUGCAUAACUACUGAAGUGUUCUAGUCCCAAUAAUCUUUCUGAGAAAGGCUGUGUAGUUGAGUCUUCUCUGGGACGGCAGACACACACAUAGUUAGUUCGCUUCUAGUCUCCAUACAGCUCCUGUCCCUGCUGUCCCACUCAUCUGGGUUUUACCACUAUGCUGGGGUUUAGUUUUUGUCCUCAAGGGGGAGUUUCACCACUAUUGAACAACUCUGGGGGUUCUUGUCCCUGUUCUACCAGGAAAACAACUGGUUCCCUGCAUGGUACAAGGUUCCAUCCUGUAUGCCUGACGAUUGCACUGCCCCCCCCCCCCCCCACCAUCCCCUCUACCCCUGCUACUGACUGGCCCAGUUGCCCUCCAUCAACCAACCCUGUGUCUCCCCCAGCCGCAGUCCUGUAACUUUCGAUCCCUUUUCUACACUGACAGUCCAUGAAAUGUCUUCCCUUGACAUCAGCGGUGGUUUAUAAAAAUGGCGGUUCAACAAUAACAUUGUUUCUAAUGGUGACGGUAUGUCAUACUUGUAAAUGAUGUUUAUCUGUCAUGCCUAGUCAAAUAAUUUAAACAAUAAAAAGAGGGAUUUUUCUAAAUGUCUAUAAUAUCUGAAAGUCCCUUUUGAUGUGUAGUACUGGUGUUACCGUUAUUGUAGUGUAUGUGAUACCCUAUUGGGAUUGUGUUACUUUUUAAGAUAAUAAAAUAACAAUGUUUGGUUACA